AUGACAACUAAAAAGAAAAUCUCUUAGUAUAAGCCUUGUUACACGGGUACAAACAAUACACUUUUGAUUAGUUUCUAGAAAAGCAACAAUGGGCAUAGAUUUAUGUAUCAUCGUAUAAAUAAAAUUAGAAAACAUGAAGAGCCAUAAUCUUAAGAAGGGAUCAGUUUUGAAUUUUUAUAGACUAAAUUGAGUUGGAGUAUAUAAUGA